ACUGUUAUCCCAGUAAACUCAGAGAAUUUCUUAUCCUCGUAAAUAACAUAACAUAAGCCAGCAAUAGUUUAUUAAGAUAUCAAAUUUUCCUUUCCUUUGAGUGCGUCGUGUUUAAUACAUAAAUAGCUUAAUAGCUUAAGCUCUGAGAUGGCAUGGAUUUUUCCAUGAACAAAACUUUCCCUUUCUCCUAUUUUAGCACUAUGGAUGUGGCUGGUUACUGAUAUGAAGUCAUUAUCCACUGCAUAUUUUCCUAUAAAAACGAAGGCCAGAACUAGAAGCUGCACAGUAAUACUUUUUAUACGGCGCAAAAUGCAUUCGUAUAUCAUUGCAGCUUUAGCUUUCUUGAGCUACGCGUGUGGCGCUCCAACGAAUUCAGAAGCUCCCACUUCGAAUAAAGCAAAGCCAGAGGAUUCAGAUUGGACCAUAGAGACCUCUACACCAGUCGACACAAUCGACUGGAACAAUGAGUUUUGGAUAACCACCACUCCGCUGCCUCCGAUCGUCACUUUGCCCGAUGCGGACAAGAUGAUUUUGUGCAAAUUUCUGGGUUCAUUUGAGACAUUUAGAAUGUUGCUCUUCACAGUCAUCUGGUCCGCUAACAUGGAGUUCCUGUCCAACGCGGAGAAACAUUUCGCCAACGAGUUUCGAGAGGAAAUGGACCGGCCAAGCAACUCAUCUGAUCCCGAUUACUUAGAAAUGGAACCAGCGCAAGCGAACGCAAUAUUUCAAAACGCGACUGCCUACGAGGAGUAUGUUAAGGAUAAUGUCGUUAAAGAAAACACACUUAAAAUGCUCAUCAAAAUAUUCGAAGGAAUACAAAUGAUCCAUAAGCAAAUAAUUGACGGUGCAAUUAGAGCUAAAAACAGUAUCAGCAAGGAAACCGCGGAAUCAGAAGCGGAAUUUUUCAAAGCAUUUGAAAAUAUGAAGGAACCAAAUAAUGAUGACAUAUUAAAUCUAUUGAAUAAUUGGGAAGCAAAGCUAAAACAUAGAUAUCAGUGUUCAAAAUCGCUGAUAUUGAAAAAGCUAUUUUAGAUAUUGCUCUUACAAUUAUUUGUAGCGUUUACCUUAAAUAAAGAUCAAUUUCC